ACUAAACUUAACUCUGUGGACUAGCAAAAAACGACCUUGAAAUCAGUUUUCAUUUUCAAUCAGGAAUUUCCGUGAAAAACUGAAACCUAAUACGUAACCAUCCUAAUUACCUAGUGAUCUUUCUCGAAGAUGCCUUACUUAAGAAUCGAAACAAACAUCCCUUCCGAUAAAAUUCCCAAAGACUUGCCGUCUAAACUGUGCAACAUCGUAGCAUCCUCCCUGGGAAAACCAAUCGGCUACUGCGUGGCCACGAUCGUGGGGGACGUCAACAUGUCUUGGGGCGGCACUAAUGAACCGGCCGCCCAGGCCACCCUGAUGAGCAUCGGGGCCUUGGGAAGAAACGAAAAUAAAAAACACUCCAAAGCCAUUUUCGAGGCUGUUGGAAAAGAGCUGGGAGUGCCGAACGAUAGGAUGUACAUAACGUUCAGUAAUGUUAAGAGCGAAGAUGUAGGUUAUAAUGGCACAACUUUCCACGACAUAUUCGGAAGUUAAACGUUCAUUGUUUACUCGUUAUUGAAUAAAUUGGUGUGGAUGA